AUGUUUUAUCUGAACUCUCUCAUUGUUGAGAGUGUAAUAUAUCUGAUGUCCGGCACAAUGGGUAUCAAGAAACAAUCUCGUGGUUCUAAGAAAAGUCCUUCAAUGCCCUCGAGUGGUAUUACAAAACAAUUUCAGCUGUUGAAUGGCGUUAUUACCAAGGAAGAUAUCACUCCACUGUCUAAAUCUCAGCGUACUCAAGUUAGCUCUGAUGAGGAGAGUGUCGAUAGUGCGGAUCUGUUGUUUUCUCCGAUUGGGACAGGUGCUGUUGAUGAAGAAGAAGAAGAGGAUGAAUAUGAUCAUGGUCUAUUGAGUCCCAUAUACUUUGGAGCCAUGUAUCCUAGAAGAUUUCACCAUCAUAGUAUUGCUGAGGAGAAACAUCUUGUGGAUUCUCGUAGAAACAGUGUUUCUGCGUAUGCUCUGAGGGAUCUUGUCGAGAACACUGGUAACAAUGAUUUUUGGAAAGAAGUGGGUACCACAAAUCAGGAAGCGAUAUUCACAUCUUCGCAGUUGGAAUUACCUGCUGAAUCCGCCUGUGUGGAAGAAUCCCCCAACACUUCACUAGACGAGUUUAUCAGUGCGGAUCUUGGUACUCCAACGGCAGGUCCUCUUCAAUGGGAUGAGGAUUACAAGAUUAAAUUAUUGUGUUACAGGGAUUCAACGGGCAAUUUGAGGCUCAGAACACAGGAGGACAAUUACACUGUCUCUAAAAACUCCUCAGCUCCAUUUUCAAAGGUUAAAGUCGGCAAGAGUCGCAAAGGUAAAGGUAGGAAGCUCUUAAAGAACGCCAUUAGAAGGAAAAGUGGCGUCAGGGAGAUGGUUUCCACGGGUAUUGGAAUCGGAGAAUUCAUGUUAUAA